AUGUCGGAGCCCGGCGGCGCGCGCGCGCACCACGCUGUCCAGCUCUGGUCGGCAGUCACCUGGCGGCCGCCCGGCUGCCCGAUCCAGGAGCCGUCCGGCUCCCCCACGCUCCGUCCGGAGCGCAUCAACACGCUCCGUCCGGAGCGUCACCACGCGCUUCCACCGCGACCAAAUGAGCCCAGCAGCUGCCACGGCUCUCUCGUCGGCGGCAAGGCCGAUCCCGGCCCGCGCGCAAUCACCUGGCAGCCGUCCGGCUGCCCGAUCCGGGAGCCGUCCGGCUCCCCCACGCUCCGUCCGGAGCGCAUCAACACGCUCCGUCCGGAGCGUCACCACGCGCUUCCACCGCGACCAAAUGAGCCCAGCAGCUGCCACGGCUCUCUCGUCGGCGGCAAGGCCGAUCCCGGCCCGCGCGCUCCCGCCGUCGCUGAUCUCCUCUUCGCCCGCCCGCUUGACACUCGUGAUUGA